CGCUUGUUAACAGGCCGCGCGCACAGAAGGGUAACGAUUAUUACUACAUUCUGGAGAGCAAGGUCGUCGACAUCUGCAGCACUUCGUAUUUCAGGAAUUUCCUGCCCCCCCCCCCCCCCCCCCCCCCCCUCCCUCCCUUUGUCAGAGAGCAUGGCUCAGGAGACCAAUCGGACGCAAGUGCCAAUGCUUUGCACUAUGGGCUGCGGUUUCUAUGGUAAUCCCCGCACCAACGGCAUGUGCUCAGUCUGCUACAAGGAACACCUGCAGAGACAACAGGGCGUGAGCCGUUCCAGCCCCCCAGGUGAGAAAGGCUCGGUUGCUUCAUCGCCAGUGGGGUCCCCGGGAGCAGCUGGUGUGUCGGUGAAGCGCAAGACAGCGGAACCCAGCGCGGAAGGGAUCACUCCGCCCGAGGAAAGGACAUCCAGUCCCAGCUCCCCCAGCCCAGUAACCCAGCAAAUGACAGCCAUGAGUAUCUCCCAGGAUACUGGAGCCACUGACUCAGACCAGGCUAAUGGGGAAGAGGAGGGGACAUCCAAAAACACAGAGCCAGUGGGUGAGGUAGCCCAGACCUUGUCUGAUGGUGAUCAGACCCCUGACAAAAAUAAGAAGAACCGAUGCUUCACUUGCCGGAAGAAAGUGGGCCUCACGGGCUUCGCUUGUCGCUGUGGUAACCUGUUCUGCGCCAUUCACCGCUACUCUGACAAACAUGACUGUCCCUACGACUAUCGAGGUGCUGCCGCAGCACGCAUACGCAAGGAGAACCCUAUCGUGGUGGCUGAGAAGAUCCAGAAGUUAUGAGGACUGAGUAGAAAAGUCUCUGACGUGCAAAUUGUGGAACAAUGGCGGCAUGGAAUAAAAUUGUUUCAUGGUAGGAUAAGGUGGGUGGGGUGGCGGUGUCACAGCCCCUGCCCAGACACUUCCUUUAUUAACAUCUCCCUCUCUCUCCUAGAGUGACUGCUUGAGUGUGAAUGCCUGUGGUGAGAUGGUCUGUGUGUGUGCAGUAGGGUUUGGUGGGCAUUAGAAGUCUACUGUGGGGAGGGAAGACAUUUCAUUUUUACAAUUUUUAUUGUUUCUUAACUUGGGGGGACUUGAGUUAAUUUUUAUAUUACCCCCGUGUGGUGGUUAAAAUGAGCCAGAAGUAACAUGUUUAAGAGCAUGCUACAUCUCCGAUAAGGACAUCAGGAGGUCACGUUAAGAUCCAUGCUGGGACUUUCUGUGUAUCAGCAAUAUCUUUUGAGGGCUUCAGAUUAAUUUACUCCCAGAAAAGAAACCUUGUCCAUUUUCUGUCAAAUGGGCUUUUUGUUGUAACUUUUCUUUCCCUUCUGACCCUUAGAUGAAUAGUUCGCAACAUGGCAAUAUUUUUUCAAUAAAUGUUCUUUGACUUACUGAUAUUGGGUGCAUGAAAGAGCCUCGACCUGAGUGAUUGAGAUUGUUUUUAUGGGUGUAUGACAUCAGAAGAUCUAUAUUAAUAUAUUGUCGUUAGCUUGAAUUUUUUUAACAUUUUCAAUAUAUAUUUUUUUUAUAUAUAAUUUGGUUGGUUUGUACUGGAGGAUUGGCAACAUGUCAGAAAAUCAUUUGAUUUGUACUUAACCUUUCAAUUAUAUUUGAGCAUUUCCAUCUGAUUUAUGUAACCAUUUGAAAAUACAACUUCUGAUAUGUGAUGGAGUAGAGUCCUGUUAAUAUGUUCAGAUUAGGACCGUGCAGAAAAUUCCAUUAUUAUGGAAUCAAAGCACAACAAUUAAAGUUUCAACUGCAGAGCAUAAGACAUUGAAUGUGCAAGUUAACCUACUCAGUUUUCUUCAGCAUCCGGGUCUUUAUAGUUUAGCUUGAUCUCUCUGCAGGUUUACUACUGAGAAUAAAGCAUGUUCUGCCAGUCCAGGCAGGACAUAAUGUAGUGUUCUCCUUGAACGCCCUCUUCUGUUCCAUAAAGCCAACACAGUGAACCACCUUGUUCCCUAACCACCAGCAGACCACUGAUAAAUGCUGAAUGAUAACAGAACUGGUUGGCAAUUAGUCCAAGUAUUAGUUUGUGUGUGUAUUAAUGUUUUCAUAACUACCCUAAAGAAAGAACUGCCGGGGCACUGCUUUCUUUUCCUUGUAUUUUCUUUCACCCACAGGUAAUUCCUGUGUCUUCAAAUGGAUGACAUUUAUUCUCAACCUUGUCAUUCUAGGUUGCUUUCCUGUUCCUCCUGACUGCCCACAUUUGGUGAAUCAAUAGACAGCCAAACACAACCCUUAUGUCCAAAGUACUGGUACUGUCUCAAUCCUCGGCAAGGGCCUUCGUGUCCCUGUGGUUGUUUUCAGGAUUGGUCACACUAGUUUGGUUCCAAAUAAUUAGUGGCAGUUUUGCAUUUUUAUGUGAAUCAAACAUUGAUUUCUGAUUCCUCAUGCUUUUUUUUGUUUCAUAACAUAGCGAAUGUCAUUGAAAAAGAUUUGUGUGGAAAAAAAGCAGAUACUGAAAAACAUCAAGUGUGACACCUGGCAAAACAACGAGGCCCUUUUGAGAGAAAGUCUGAACUGAAUGAGCUCUCUUAUAUGAACAGGAAAUAAUCGGGACUUGACGCCAGGCACCACAGGUUGAAAUUUUUGCAUCUACUGUUUGAGAUUUGUUGGUAUUUUUGGUCCAUUUUUAUUAUUUGUAUUUUCACAAAGUAAACAAUUUCAAACUUGCUGAAAAUCUAUAAUUUCUUUAGUUUGUCAUACUACUGUCAUCAAAAUUGUUAUUCAUUUUAACCACUAAAAUGGACAUGCAUCAUUCAUUUCAAAGCCCAUUUCAUAGAGAUUUGCAAACUGGACUACAGUUAAUAACUUACUUUCAAGAGCUGGUGUUUGGGUCUAAAUAGACUUUUGGCAUUUGGUAGUCUUAAUUCAGUGUAUUUGCCUUUAACUGUCAUUUCCCAAAAAUCAGACUCUUCCCACACGGCACUUUUUUUUUCGGCUUCAGGAGCAUCUGCAUUCACCAAAUGUUGUGUGGUUAUCCUUAGAUACAUUACAUGACCAAAAAUAUGUGGAUACCUGCUCUGUGAAUAUCUCAUUCCAAAAUCAUGGGCAUUAAUAUGGAGUUGGUCCCCCUUUGCUGCUAUAACAGCCUCCACUCGUCUGGGAAGACUUUCCACUAGAUGUUGGAACAUUGCUGCGAGUCUUGCUUCCAUUAGCGUUAGUGAGGUCAGGCAAUUAGGCCUGGCUCACAGUUGGCAUUCCAAUUCAUCCCAAAGGUGUUGGAUGGGGUCAGGGCUCUUUGCAGUGAAGUUCUUACACCCUGAUCUUGACAAAUUAUUUCUUUAUGGACCUCGCAUUGUGCACGGGGGCAUUGUCAUGCUGAAACAGGAAAGGGUCUUCCCCAAACUGUUGCCACAAAGUUGGAAGCACAGAAUUGUCUAGAAUGUAAUUGUAUGCUGUAGCAUUAAAAUUUCCCUUCACUGGGGUCUAGCCUGAAACAUGAGAAACAGCCCCAGACCAUCAUUCAUCCACCAACCAUUCCUGUUGGCACUAUACAUUGGGGGCAAGUAGUGUUCUCCUGGCAUCUGCCAAACCUAGAUUCGUCCUGGAUGGACUGCCAGAUGGUGAAGCGUGAUUCAUCACGCCAGAGAACGCGUUUCCAAUGGCGGUGAGCUUUACACCACUCCAGCCGACGCUUGGGAUUGCGCAUGGUGAUCUUAGGCUUGUGUUUGGUUGCUCGCCCAUGGAAACCCAUUUUCAUGAAGCCCCCGAACAGUUGUGCUGAAGUUGCUUCCAGAGGCAGUUUAGAAUUCAGUAUUGAGUUUCGCAACUGAGGACAGACGAUUUUUAUGAGCUUCAGCACUCGGCGGUCCUGUUCUGUGAGCUUGUGUGGCCUACCACUUCACGGCUGAGCAGUUGUUGCUCCUAGACGUUUCCACUUCACAAUGACAGCACUUACAGUUGACCAGGGCAGAAAUUUGACAAACUGACUUGUUGGAAAGGUGUCAUCCUAUGACGGUGCCACGUUGAAAGUCACCGAGCUCUUCAGUACAGAUUAUUCUACUGCCAAUGUUUGUCUAUGGAGAUUGCAUGGCUAUGUGCUUGAUUUUAUACGCCUGUCUGCAACAGGUGUGGCUGAAAUAGCCGGAUCCACUAAUUUGAAGUGGUGUCCACGUACUUUUGUGUAAAUAGUGUAUAUUCUCCAGACAUGCCCAGAGGGAAUUGUUUAUAUGCUCUCUUUAAUUUAAAAAAAAUCUAGUUAACAUUUUAAUUUGGAAGAAUUAUAAAUACAUUUAUCUACAUGUCUUUAUUAUUUUACAGAUAGAAAGAUGGAUAAAGUUUUUAUCCACAAUCUUCUCUGGCCAAGUCCGGUCGUGGGUAUCUUUAACAAAAAUAUUUUUUCGGACUUCGUCCAUUGUCCAGAAAAAUGUAUUUGUGUCUUAUGCAAAUAUGAGCAUAUUUAAUGAUAUCACCUUUAUUUGCAGAUAUAUAUAUAUAUAUAUCACCUUUUUUUUUUACUCAGAAAAAAUGUAAUGCAAAAGUAUUUUAUGUGUGUCUACAUUCAACUGGUAAGUUGAUUUGUGAUAUGAUUGAGAGAAAAAAUCCCUAUUGGGAUCUGGUGCCUGGUCUGGAUUUAGAUGGCCUGUGAUUGGAGCAUUAGCCUGGGUAGUGUUGCCAGUUAAAAAACGUCUUAGUGAAGGAAAGGUCUAAAAUGGCUCAAAGUCUUGGCAUGCAAACACCAAGGUUGCCUGUUGCUGAGCCAAGCCAGGAGCUCAAAGCCCCUGUGGCAAGAGAUGAGUCCUCUGGGUUCUCAUUUGGAAUUUAGGCACUUGGAUCUUUAGGUUCCCACUAUAUAAAGUAUCUGAGUGGAGAUGUGAUACCAUGUAAGAAGGGCACCUGAGAAGAGGUAUGCGUAUGAUGGACUAGACUCUUGUCUGUGAGAUAAAAAACUUACUUUGCUGUAGGUUUUAUUCCCUAUUGUGAUGUUACUGUUUUAAGGACAUGCAGUAAACUGGCUUUAAAGUGGGCAUAGAUGUGGCCUCGAGUUUACCUGAUGAGUAUAUCCUGUUUUAGGCCAAGGGAACAGAGUUGGCUUGUUCUUCAGUUUGGCUGAUUUGUUUUCUUUGCAAUUGUGAUGUUUCGCAGGUUGAUAGUUCCCUUGACUACUCAAACUACCCCAGCAUUUAAAAAGGUGAGCAGUUUGAAUGUUACCAACAGGGUUAUCAAGCUAUUUUUAGCUCUGGAAUUGACCAAACAAAGCCUUCCUUGUGGGGUCCACUGGGCUUAUUUUAGGCUUAAUAAGAUUUCUUUAAAUUAAAAUAAACCUUUAUUUAACUAGGCAAGCCAGUUAAGAACAAAUUCUUAUUUACAAUGAUGACCAAACCCGGAUGCUAAUUGUGCGCCACCCUGUGGGACUCCCAGUCAUGGCCGGUUGUGAUACAGCCUGGAAUGGAACCAGGGUGUCUAGUGACGCCUCUAGCACUGAGAUGCAGUGCCUUAGACGUGCUGCGCCACUCAGGAGCCCCUGUUGGAUCGUUGCAAUUGUAUGUAAAUUAAUCAGAUCAGAAUCAGCGCUUGAUGUUACGAAAACAUCCACUACAAUUUCAAUCUGGUCUACUUUAAUUAAAACCUCUACAGGAUCGGUGUCCCCCCGCAGGACUGUUGGGAAAUUUCCUUGUUACUUACAACGUCAUGCUCAAGACAUAGACAUGUCUUAUAUGGACAGAGAGCUUCAAUUCUUGUUAGUCUAACUGCACUGUCCAAUUUACAGUAGCUAAUUCAGUGAAAAAAGACCAUGCUAUUGUUUGAGGAGAGUGCACAACAAAACUUAUGACGGCAACUGAUUUGAUACAUUCACCUCUGAAGGUAAAUAAUGUACUUACAUUCAGUAAUCUUCCUCUGAUUUGUCAUCCCGGUGGUCCCAGAUAUAAAAUAUAGCAUAGUUUUGUUUGAUCAAAACUAUUUUUAUAUUAAAAUGUAGGAACUGGGUUCUACAGUUUGAACCCUAAAGUGUUUCCAUUCAAAUGGUAUCAAGAAUAUGCAUAUCCUUGCUUCAGGUCCUGAGCUACCCAAAUCUAACUGCCUGUAUGUCAUUUUAGGCGAAAAUUGGAAAAAAGGGUCCGAUCCUUUUAACAAUGAUGUCAUUAAGCUUGUUUGUUGCACAACAUAAUCAUUGUCUGCAUUUUGAGGCCGUUACUACAAAGCUUUUGAUCCGUGACCAAAUCUGGCAAUAUCUUCUCAAUGUGUCACUGCAGAACUGAUUUACCAUAAAUGACAGUGAAGUACUUUACUCAUUUCACUGAUGAAUGAGAAAUGAUAGUGUGGACAAUAAUUGUGUUCCAGAAUGUUCCAAGUAGUAGAUCUGUCCUGCAGAAAAUUGCAGAGUGCAGUCAAGUCCUUUGGCUCACCAGUCACCCAGAAACACCACCAGAUAUAUUUUUUGUUUUUAAAAUGUAGGACUGUAUGAUCUGUAAGAGUAAGUAUAAAAAAAUAAAAUCACAAAGUUUAUUUUAAAUUGA